AUGCUUCAUGAAAUUCUCCUUUCCCUCUCUGGACAGCCUUCGCCUCUUCUGGACCCGGAACUCGAGUUAAAUGGCGCGUCUUCGAGAUCAUUUCCCCUGCUGUCUCCGCCAGAGAAAGAGCUGCUAGGAUCUCUCGCUCGGCUGAGUCGCCUCCAUACCCUCCUGCGCGCCCACACGGCUCGAAUAUCUUCUUCGCAUCAUUCCACUAUAUGCCGUGCCGUAUCGACUGCCAUAUCAACGGAACACCUGAGGAAGUUUCAAAAUCAGAUACUCGAGGUAGAAAAAGCCGUGUUGGGCAAGGAUAGUGGCUACGUGGGUGGGUAUGGCAUCGUGCCGUUAUCUACCAUUGUGCUGGAGUUCGCACCAUGGACGCGAAGACUAGAGUGGCUUUGGGAAGUAGCCCAGCUCAUACUUCCAGAAUCCGCCUCGAACGAUCCGGCGUCAACAAACACAUGCAGCGGGGCAAGCCUCAUCGAUUAUCUUCGCGCCGAGUCGCAUACGGGUUACUUGGACCUCCAAGAGAUUGCGCUGCAGUUGAUCAGGGCUGCCGAGAAAGCGUGGAUGAGACAAUUAUCAAUGUGGCUACUGUAUGGGGAACUACCGACUUCUGGAAAGGAUGACUUCUUCGUCCAAGUGGCCGAAGCCGAGUUCGAGGACGACGAAAAUGGUUCAGUCAAGGGACGCGUGGAAUUUGCUUUACAUGUGGAACUGCUUCCCAAAUUCGUCUCGACGGCAACUGCAUCGUCAAUUCUUUUCAUUGGCAAGUCCUUGAAUCACAUAAGGAGCCGCCGGAAUCGGUCGACAGUCGACAGCGCAUCCGGCUCUGUUACAGGAAUUACUCUGGAAGCAGACCACAUUACCCAUCUCUCUUCUCUGAGCUCGCCAAUCUCGACGUCGGCACUUUCUAGUGCAGUGACGGCGAUCCGACUUUCAGUCUCGCAGACGUCGCUGUCGAAACUUUUGCCGUUGCCCAAGAUCGUCGAGAUGCUCUCUUUGAUACAUGACUUUCUCCUUCUUAAACGUGGAGAAUUCGCAAUGGCACUGGUGUCAAAUGCAGAUGCCAGACUUGCAACUCGCAAUCAACGACCAGGGCAUGGUUCUGGUGGUGGAUUAGAUAGUAUGAUUAUCAAGGAGGGCGAGGUCUCGGCUGUUCUGGCUCAGACAUGGACAGAGCUUUAUGCCCUGCAAGGCGAGGAAGCUGCGGUCGACGAGGAGCUAGACCUUGCACGAGACUUGUUGAGCCUAUCUAUUCAACCUAACAAAAAGAGCGGUCGCACCAUGACCCCUUCGCGGGACGCAGUGAAUACCAACAUGGCAGCUGAAAUUUCCUCGGUUUCUUUUGAUGACCUAUUGCUUCCUACUGCCACUUUCCUUUCGCUGAAAAUUCAGCCGCCUAUUGAUCUUUUCCUGUCGAGUUCGGACAUGUCGAUUUACACGAUUAUCCACUCGUACCUUCUCGGUAUUCGUCGCGCCCAGAUCCGGUUGAGUAAUUUAUGGAAACACACUGCAAUGCGCCGUAUACACCCAACACCUUGGGGUCCGCCGCGGAGUAACGGUCGAGGAGGCGAGUUUCGCUUGAAGGCGCAGCGACAGAGGCACAAUGCACGGACUAUACAGAUGCGGCCGAUAUGGGCCACUACGAGCGCAUCGAUAUUUGUGCUUUCAGAACUCGGAGGCUACUUGCAAGGCGAGGUCAUACAAGAAUCAUGGCAACACUUUCAGCACUGGCUAGAAGGAGAGGUAACAGGAUUAGGUACGGGCUCGCGACCUGCAUCUCGGCCAGUGUCUCGACCAGGAACGGCAUCAGCAGCAAAGCAUGCCUCUCACAAACCAGGCUUGCGUCAGUUAAUUUCUCAGCAAGGACAACCGCUCCUGUCACAACCACAACCACAACCACAACCACAACAACAACAACAACAACAACAACAACAACAACAACAACAUCAUGACCCCGAAUCCAUAACCGUCGCUCAUCGACGGUACCUCUCGUCCUUGGUCCAAUUCCUUUUCCUCACCGAAGUUCCUUUCACCAGCGCUCUCCGCUCCUUUUUAACAAGCAUAGACCACCUGGUCGCUACCAUCUCUCGCUUAGAAACAGUCCAGCGUAACCUCGAUCUCGAAGCAGACGAAGGCGUCGUCGACGCUCUAGCGGACUACGCACAGGAAGAGCAUUCGCUAUGGAGCGAGUUGCGCGACGCACGCGAGUCUGCCGAGACCGGUAUCAAGGAGAUCGUCUCUCGCCUCCGCGAUAUAGACGAUAGUCGCUCUGGAGAAGGCAGGAAGAUGUUUGACCUGUCCUCUUCAGCAACAGCAACAGCCACCACUACCACCACCGCCGGGUCCGCCGAAGCUCGGGAUGAGUACAUCCCGCGAAAAGCAGCGGGCGUGGAUCGCCUGCUGAUGAAGCUGGACUUUGCAGGUCUGAAUUACAGUGGUAAUGGGAAUGGAGAGGAGGACUUGGUGGAUGAUGAUAAUGAUUGA